AGCUGCUGUCAGAGCACGUGCUAUCAUUGCACUCGCGGAGUUGUGCAGAUAGGUCCCAGAGCAUCGCAGGUGGAUCGCAACAGUCUGGGCACGCGGACGAAGAUCAGACAGACAUCCCCCUCAAGCAACGGCUCAAAAAGAGGUCUGGUGAAGAUAUCGACCAUAUCCCUGCUGCAUUGUUGCGUAAGUAUGUUGCUUAUGCUCGCCAGUUUGUAGAGCCCACGCUGAGUCCCGAAGCGUGCGCCGAACUGAAAGCUUUCUACAUAGGACUACGGGAAAGCCACCAGAGCGUUGAAAAUACACCUAUUACCACGCGACAACUAGAAUCGCUAAUUAGACUGUCUGAAGCCAGGGCACGUUCUGAACUGAGAGAGGUCGUCACCAAAGAUGACGCUCUCGAUGCUAUAGAGAUUAUGCGCCACAGCUUGUUUGAUGGCGCAGGCAUGGGAGACGACAUUGGUCUCGGCAUGCAUCAGACUACUAGUAGUACAAGCAUGGCCGCUGCCAGCAAGAGUGCACAGCGCAAAAAGCUGGUUGCACAUCUCACGCAAGUGGCACACACAGCGCAAAACGCCCUGUUUACGAUUCAGCAAUUGCGGAGUAUCUGCGGCGAAAUCGGGCUGUCAAUGCACAUAUUCGAUGAAACAAUCGAUGCCCUUAACAGUCAAGGGUUUCUGCUGAAGAAGGGCGCUCGAGUAUAUGAGAUCGCCUGCAUGUGAUGCCGCGCAAGUAUACGUGAUCAAUACAAAGGAGGAAAUAAAACGUGUAAACAAGAAUA